UUUUGUCGCCCCCUUGUGAUUGAAUGUUGUAACGCAAUUUGUAAACAAAAACAAAGUUUUAAUAAAAGUAAAAGUAUUAUAUAUUAAUUUAAAAAAUUUAAAUAAUGUGUAAUUGAAUAGUUAUUACUGAAAAAAAAGAAAAGAAAUCUUUAAAAAUGACUGAUGGUCAACGAUUGUUUUAUUAUCAGGAUCUUUUUCCUUUUGAAGAUUGUUGUCGAUGGCUUAGUUAUUGUAAUGGAUACAUUUUGUCUCUCCGUGAAUUUACAUUAAGCAAAGACGAUAAGCCAAAACCGAGAAAUUCAUCAUUUCAUAAUGCACUUGAAAUGAAAAUAAAUGCAAAGCGAAUUUGUCCAAAAAGAAUUGAUGUCGGUGCAAUUUAUAAUUUAUCACCUCGUCUGGUUGAAAAAAAAUUAUUCAACUUUUUUGUAACACAAAGGGAAAUGAUAUUUGAUAUUGAUAUUUCCGAUUACACAGAUGUGAGAAAUUGUUGCAGUGAAUCGGGAAUUUGCCGAAAAUGUUGGAAAUAUAUGGCAACUGCUUGUAAAAUUUUAGAUACAACCUUAAGGGAUGAUUUUGCAUUUAAACAUAUUUUAUGGAUUUAUUCGGGAAAUCGUGGAAUUCACUGUUGGAUUUGUGAUGAGAAUGCGCGAAAAUUACGAAUCGAUGAUAGAAGAGCAAUUGCUUGUUAUUUGCAAAUUGUCAAACCCGGUGCAUUUAAUGCUAAAAGAGUUAAAUUAAAUGGAAAACCACAUCAUUCAAUUAAAAGAGCUUUGGAAAUAAUUGAAGAAAAUUUCGUGGAUAUUUGUAUUGUGGAGCAAAAUUAUCUUGGAACACAGGAGGGUAUUGAAAAAUUUUUAAAAACAUUUUUAUUAAAUUGCAAUAAAGAAAUGAGGGAAAAUUUGAGAGAGAUUUUUCAAAAAUAUAAAACCUCUUUAGAAAGAUGGAUUGUUUUUGAAAAUUUUAUAAAGGAAACAAACGAAUGGGAAAAUAAUUUUGAAAUUGAAGAAAUAAAGUUACAAUUUCUCUAUCCAAGAAUUGAUGAUCCCGUUACAACGGAUAUGAGACAUUUAUUGAGAUUACCAUUUAGUCCACAUAAUAAAACAAAUAAAAUUUGUCUACCCUUUGAUCCAAAAAAAGUCGAUGAUUUUGAUCCAUUAACAUCGCCGGAUUAUUCAUCAUUAUAUAAGGAACAACAAUUUAAAAAUGAUGGUAUAAAUGAAAAUUUAGAAAAUUUGGAAAAAUUUCAACAAUCAAUUUCUAUUUUUCAUGAAUUUGUCAAUAAUCUCGAGAAAUAUGAACAAAGUUCGUAAAAAAAAAAACCAAUAAGAAGAUUCAAUCAAAUUUCUCUAUUGGAGAAGCAAAAAAAAAAAAAAAAUUUUUUUCACAACGAAAUAAAAGAGAAACAAUUUUAAUAAAAUUUUUAUUUUAAUUUCAA